UUAUUCACUGAUUCUUCAUUCGCUUCUUCGAUCUACAAUUCUUUUUUCUCCUUCGUUUACUCGUGCAGCAUUCUUUUAACAGAAAAGGGUAGAGUUUACACUUUUGGUUGGGGCGCCGACGGCCAAACUGCUCUGGCUCACUACAAAAAUGAAUGGCAACCGUCCCUGGUCAAAGGUGAUCUGACUGGUCAGCAUAUAACCAGAUUGGCAUGCAUCGCCGACUGCGUUUUGGCUUUCAGUGACAAGGGAAAAGUCUUUGGCUGGGGCAACUCGGAAUAUGGACAACUUCCAGGCAAAGGCGAUAAUCACGAAAUCAAUAUCGCCACAGAAUUAGUGAUUCCUUCGGAAGUUGGGCACGUUGUUGACAUCGCUGCUGGUGGCAGUUUUUGCAUGCUCUUGAACAGCACUGGCAAUGUCUACGUUUGGGGCUACGGCAUUCUCGGAUUCGGACCUGAAGUUCUGACGGUUGACAAACCUACUCUCAUUCCUCCCACCCUCUUCGGUGCCAACCCCUACGACAAAAAUCUUAAGGUUUCGAAGAUCUGCUGCGGUAUCAGCCACCUCGGAGCUGUGACCAACACGGGCGAUCUCUACAUGUGGGGUAGAAACAAAUUCGGUUUCCUGGGCCUCGGUAAUCGAAAUGAUCAAUUUUUCCCUCUGAAGGUCGCAAUCGGAGCGCAGGUGAAAAGAGUUGCCUGCAGAGUCGACUACACAGUGACGCUGUGUAAACCCUUCAUUUGAAUAAAUUGUGGAAAAUUAUGAAAAUGAAAACAAGCAAACCCCAGAAGAAAACGUAAUUAAUAUUUUACGUUAGAACUUUAAACGAAUCAGUGAAACUCGAUUCCCCUGUAAAUAUCAGAAAAAAUAAAAAUGUAAUUUGCGAACGAAUAAAGAGAGAAAAUUUUCCAAAAAAAAUCUGAACAAUUACAUUUU